UACUGUGCAUCCCUACAGCUCUCAGUACUCUGAUCUCUCCACAUCCAUCUGAAUCUUCACCUUCUUCUCACAAUCUCUUGCUUUCCCUAUCACCAUGUCCUCGUGCUGGUGAUCCCCUCAACCUGCGACGAAAAAGGCCUGCAAAUGCAAACACCAUGUCCUUCUUCCAUCAUGGCUUCAUGUUGCAGAUGCAAACACCCCAUGAAGAAGAACACCAACUCCUCACACCUUCCCCAUGCACCAAUCUCCAAGACCUCAGAGGUGAGUCGCGCGUUCGCCAUGACACCCAUCCCCAAGUCCUCCGAAUGGAACUGACGCUCUCGGUGGUGGUGGUGGUGGUGUUGGAUGCAGGUACGGCUUCGAUGGUGGGGAAGAGAUCUGUGUCCUUCUCCGGGAUGGACACCUGCAGAGAGAUGAGCGCCGAGGAGGACCUGUCGGAUGAUGGAUCGCAAGCAGGGGAGAAGAAGAGGAGGCUCACCGUGGAGCAGGUGAGGACACUGGAGAAGAACUUCGAGCUGGGGAACAAGCUGGAGCCCGAGAGGAAGAUGCAGCUGGCCAGAGCGCUGGGGAUGCAGCCGAGGCAGGUGGCCAUUUGGUUCCAGAACAGAAGGGCGAGGUGGAAGACGAAGCAACUGGAGAAGGAUUAUGAUGUGCUCAAGAGGCAUUUUGAGGUCAUCAAAUCUGAGAACGAAGCUCUCAAAGCCCACAACAAUCAACUCCAAGCUGAGAUCAUGGCUCUUAAAGGCAGAGAACCAUCAGAUCUCAUCAACCUUAACAAAGAUACUGAAGGAUCUUGCAGCAACAGAAGUGAGAACAGUUCUGAGAUCAACUUAGAUAUCUCGAGGCAAUCAGUCGAUAAGAGCCCACUGCACCCUCACCAAAGCUCUAAUUUCUUCCAGCCAGUUAGGCCGGGAGACAUGGACCAUAUCUUCCAAAGCUCCUCGAGGCCAGAAACACAGUGCCCCAAGCUUGAGAAUGGUGGACAUGAGGGCACCUUAAGCAACCUGUUGUGCAGCAUGGAAGAUCAAUCUGCUUUCUGGUCAUGGUCAGACCACCACAGCUUUCAUUGAGGAAGAAUGCCAUCAGCACAAUCUGUUUGAUCAAUGUCAUUGGUGAAGCAUGAAGAACUCUUUUUGAAUUGUGAAAGAUCGUUCCGCAUCAGCAGCAGCAGCUGGAUGAAGCUGGUUAGUAGACCCUUCUUGGGAAUUAUUGUGCUAAGAACAAUCCUGCUGAGAGUUAAAAUUGAGUGAGGUUGAUGAAGGAAUUGGUAAAAGGAAUAAAAGUGUCUAUUACUGGAUAUUCCAAAUUGCAUCAUAUAUAUUAUUUUCUAGCUUGCAGUGAUUA